AUGGGUACGUCAAGCGAGGUUUCUCUCGCACAUCAUAGAGAUAUCUUCCAUUACUACGUCUCACUGAAGACUUUUUUCGAGGUGACUGGCGAAAAUCGUGACAGGUCAAAUUCGACACGAGCUCAAAAGGCCAGAGCCAAGCUGUUGAAGCUAUCUUCUUCGCAAUUUUACGAGCUGAGUACAGACGUGUCCGAUGAGCUGCAGAGGAGAAUCGGUGAAGAUGCUAACCAACCAGAUUACCUUUUGCCGAAGGCAAAUUUCCACAUGAAAAGGAACCAGGCUAGACAGAAACUGGCCAAUCUAUCACAAACUCGAUUUAAUGAUUUGUUGGACGAUAUCCUUUUUGAGAUCAAGAGAAGAGGGUUCGACAAGGAUUUGGAUGCUCCACGGCCCCCAUUACCGCAGCCGAUGAAACAAGAGGUCAGCAAAGACAGCGAUGAUACUGCAAGAACAUCCACAAAUUCUUCCUCUGUGACUCAAGUAGCUCCAAACGUCUCCGUACAACCUUCUUUGGUCAUUCCUAAGAUGGCAUCUAUCGAUUGGUCUUCUGAGGAAGAAGAAGAGGAGCAAGUAAAGGAGAAGCCAAAUGAACCGGAGGGAAAACAAACAAGCAUGGAUGAAAAGAAAGAGGCUAAACCUGCUCUAAACCCCAUAGUUACAGAUUCUGAUCUGCCUGACUCCCAAGUGCUCGCUCGUGAUAUCACAUCAAUGGCAAGGACUCCAACAACGACGCAUAAAAAUUACUGGGACGUUAAUGAUUCUCCAAUUAUCAAGGUAGAUAAAGAUAUCGAUAACGAAAAGGGUCCCGAACAGUUGAAGAGCCCUGAAGUACAACGGGCUGAGAACAAUAACCCUAACUCAGAGAUGGAAGACAAGGUUAAAGAACUGACUGAUUUAAACAGCGACUUACAUUUGCAAAUUGAAGAUUUGAAUGCUAAGUUAGCAUCUUUAACCAGCGAGAAGGAAAAGGAGAAGAAGGAAGAGAAGGAGGAAAAAGAAAAGGAAAAGAACUUAAAGAUUAACUACACCAUUGAUGAAAGUUUUCAGAAAGAAUUGCUGUCAUUAAACUCUCAAAUCGGUGAAUUAUCAAUUGAGAAUGAAAAUUUGAAGCAGAAAAUUUCAGAAUUCGAACUGCAUCAAAAAAAGAAUGACAACCAUAAUGAUUUGAAAAUCACUGACGGUUUUAUUAGCAAGUACUCUUCUGCCGAUGGGCUCAUUCCAGCUCAAUACAUCUUAAACGCUAACAACUUGAUAAUUCAAUUUACUACUAGGCUUUCCGCAGUACCCAUAGGCGACUCCACGGCAAUUUCCCAUCAAAUUGGCGAAGAGUUAUUUCAAAUAUUAUCCCAGUUAUCGAACCUAAUCUCCCAGCUAUUACUAUCGGCCGACCUAUUACAGUACAAAGAUCAGGUCAUUUUACUGAAGGCAUCAUUAUCGCAUGCGAUCACAUCGAUAAGAUAUUUCUCUGUUUACGGUCCCGUAUUAAUUCCGAAAAUAACUGUGCAAGCUGCUGUUUCAGAGGUUUGUUUUGCCAUGUGUAAUCUAAUUGAUUCAGCGAAAAUAAAAUCCGAUUCAAAUGGUGAGAGCACCACCUCUAAUGAAGGUAACCGACAGGUAUUAGAAUAUUCUUCACCAACUGCUACCACCCCAAUGACGCCAACUUUCCCCUCGACUUCUGGAAUAAAUAUGAAGAAGGGGUUUAUAAACCCAAGAAAACCAGCAUCUUUCUUGAAUGAUGUGGAGGAAGAAGAAUCUCCAGUCAAGCCAUUGAAAAUUACACAAAAGGCAAUUAACAGUCCGAUCAUAAGACCGUCAUCGUCUAAUGGAGUUCCAACAACCUCAAGAAAACCUUCAGGAACGGGGCUAUUUAGUUUAAUGAUUGAUUCAUCAAUUGCUAAGAAUAGCUCCCAUAAAGAGGAUAAUGAUAAAUAUGUCUCGCCCAUAAAGGCAGUAACAUCGGCCUCCAAUUCUGCAAGUAGCAAUAUUUCCGAAAUUCCUAAACUAACACUACCUCCACAAGCCAAAAUCGGUACUGUUAUUCCACCGUCAGAGAAUCAAGUUCCCAAUAUUAAAAUCGAGAAUACAGAAGAGGAUAAUAAAAGGAGUGACAUAACAAAUGAAAUCUCUGUUAAACCAACUUCUAGCAUUGCUGAUAAACUGAAACAAUUUGAGCAAAGUUCCGAAAAGAAAUCAUCACCAAAGGAAAAUCCUAUAGCAAAAGAAGAAAUGGAUUCAAAACCAAAACUAUCCAAUAAAUUUAUCACUUCAAUGAAUGAUGUGUCCACAGAUGAUUCAAGCUCUGAUGGUAACGAAAAUGACGAUGCAGACGAUGAUGAUGAUUUUACCUAUAUGGCAUUGAAACAAACAAUGAAGAGAGAAGGUUCAAAAAUUGAAAAAAAUAAUGACAGCAAACUACCUGCAAAUAUAGUGGAACUUGAUUUACAUGAGUCACCGGAGUCCGUGAAGAUUGAAUCUCCUGAAUCGAUAAAGGAAAUCACGUCAUCUGAAAUGUCUUCAGAAAUGCCAAGUAGUUCGCUGCCUAAGAGAUUAGUAGAGGAUGUUGAGCCUUCAGAAAUGCCAGAGAAGGGCGCAUCUGUAGAAUCAGUCAGGAAGAAAAAUUUUCAAGAACCACUUGGUAAUGUCGAAUCUCCGGAUAUGACGCAGAAGGUCAAGUCUUUGGGUAUGACAGGAAAGGCUGUAGGCCCAGAAUCAGAUAGUAGGGUCGAAUCUCCGGGCAUGACAGGACAGAUUAAAUCUUUGAAUAUGGCAGGAAAAGUUGUAGGCCCAGAAGCAGAUAGUAGGGUCGAAUCUCCGGGCAUGAAAGAGCAGAUUAAGUCUUUGGGUAUGACAGGAAAAAUUACAGCUCAAGAAUCAAUCAAGUCCCCGGAAGCGGCUAGGAAGUUGGCGUCAUCAGGAGAAGUUGACAAAAUUGAAUCUCCAAGAAUGGUAAGGGAAAGCGAGUCCUUGGAGGCAGUAGGCAAUACUAUCCCCUCAAACAUGACAGUGAAAAUGGAAUCCCCAAAUUUAAAGGGAAAUACUGUGUCUGAACCUCAAGAAAUAAGGAGAGACAUUGCCUCCUCAGAGCCGAUAGAGAAUGUUGACCCCCCAAAAGUACUAAAAAAGAUUGUCUUUCCAAAGGCUGUUAAUAGAACUGGAUCACCAAAAUCAGUCGAAAAGACUCCAUCUUCAGCUACACUGAAAAAGAGCGGGCUCCCAGAACCGAAUAGCCAAAUUGUUUCUCCUGAAUUGGCAAAAAAUUCACCUCUAGCACCGAUAAAGAAAAAUGUCGAGUUACGAGAAACUAAUAAACCACAUACUGAGACUAUCACUUCUGUGGAACCAACAAACAAGGAUGCCAAUACUUCUUGGAGAGACGCCGACUUAAACCGUACGAUCAAACGAGAGGAGGAGGACGAAGAUUUUGAUAGAGUGAACCACAAUAUCCAGAUCACUGGUGCAUAUACGAAAACUGGAAAAAUUGAUUAUCAUAAAAUACCUGUUGAUCGUAAAGCAAAAAGCGAAGCAGAAGUGCAUACUUCCGAGGAAGAUAUUGAUGAAUCAAAUAAUGUUAAUGGAAAAAGAGCUGAUGCCCAAAUACACAUCACUGAAAGAAAGCAUGCUUUCGUAAAUCCAACUGAAAAUUCACAGGUAAAAAAGACGAGCCACUCACCAUUUUUAAACAGUAAACCGGUUCAAUACGAGAACUCAGAGUCGAACGGCGGCAUUAACAACCACAUAAAGAUAAAAAAUACUGGAGAAACUACGGCACAUGACGAGAAACAUUAUAGUGAUGAUGAUGAUUCUAGCUAUCAAUUUGUUCCCAUGAAACAUGAAGAACAAGAACAAGAACAAAACAGAAGUGAGGAAGAGGAAAGUGAAGAUGACGAUGAAGAGGAAGAAGACAGUGAUUUUGAUGUGGAUACAUUUGACAUUGAAAAUCCGGAUAAUACACUAUCAGAGUUACUAUUGUAUUUAGAACAUCAAACAAUGGACGUCAUAUCCACGAUUCAAUCGCUUUUGACAUCGAUCAAGAAACCACAGGUGACGAAGGGUAAUUUGAGGGGAGAAUCGAAUGCAAUCAACCAAGUCAUAGGUCAAAUGGUGGACGCUACUAGCAUAUCAAUGGAGCAAAGCAGAAAUGCCAAUUUGAAGAAACACGGUGAUUGGGUGGUGCAAAGUCUAAGAGACUGUUCGCGUAGAAUGACAAUUUUGUGCCAAUUAACUGGCGAUGGAAUACUAGCGAAGGAAAAGAGCGAUCAAGAUUAUGCUGACAAAAACUUCAAACAGCGGUUGGCAGGGAUUGCGUUUGAUGUUGCCAAAUGUACAAAGGAGCUGGUAAAAACUGUAGAAGAGGCAAGUUUGAAGGACGAAAUAAAUUAUUUGAAUUCGAAGUUGAAGUAA